CAGUGCAAAAAAGUGGAUAAUAUAACGGAUUAAAAUGUGUUUAAGUGAAUUAAAGUGAAAAGAACGAUAUAGACUGGUAAAUUUAGGAUUUACAAUCAAAUGUUUCUACAGCCGUUAUUAUCCGAACUAAAUUGAACUGAGUGAUUUGGCAUGUUUCAAAGGACAGUGGAAUAGUGCAUUUAUACAUAAACAGCGGCAAAAUAAGAUAGCAUUGGACAUUACGUACUUAUAUGCAGCGCGUACUUACCUACGUACUUGUGCGCUUACCCUACACGGUAAAAAGUGAGUGCCGCGUUGGAACAUUCUAAAACUUAGUGAUUCGGUAUUUAAUUUGGUGAUAUUGUAACAGUGAAAUUACACAAUGGAGCAGAUAGAAAAACGUAUAUUACUUCAGAAAGAUACUUAUGAAAAGAUAGAAAAGGCUUAUAGCAACUACAAAAAGUCGCCUAAGGAAAGGAUAACUAUUGGAUAUGUACAAGGAAGAAUGGAUACUUUAGAUACUUAUUGGAAGGAAUUUAAGAUAGUUCACGAGAAAAUACUUCUAUCGAUUUCUGUAGAAGACAGACAAUUACUUCCGUACUUCUCCGAGGAUAUGUUUGACCAGUUUGAGGAGUUGUUUUAUACAUACAAAGGAGAGUUGAGGACGGUGUUAUUGAAGCUUAGUCCUGAAAUCGCAAAGGUGGACACAUCCAAACAAACAGUGAGUAACACAAGUACAUCCAAUAGUGAAGUCCGUUUGCCUAGAAUUUCCAUACCUACUUUUAAUGGGAAUUAUACAGAGUGGCAAUCAUUUCACGACCUUUUUGUGGCAUUAAUUCAUAACAACUCGUCUUUAGAAAACGUACAGAAAUUACACUACCUGAAAAGUAGUCUGACGGGCGAUGCUGAAGUAUUAUUGCGGCAGUUUUCUAUCACUGGAGAAAAUUAUACCGAGGCAUGGGCGAUUCUGAAAAAGAGAUAUAACAACAAGAGAUAUAUCGCGAAUACAGUUUUUAAGAAGUUUUUUGGACAACGAGCGUUAUCUCAAGAAUCGGCUUCCGCGAUUAAACAGCUGUUAGAUACCACUGUAGAAUGUAUGAACGCGCUCAAGAAUUUAGGUUUGCCUACCGAUCAGUGGGAUGCAAUCGUCAUGUUUGUCGUCAUAUCUAAGCUAGAUGUCAGCAGUCAUAAACAAUGGGAAGAGACAAUUAGUGAAGAUAGUUGCGAUGACUUACCUGGAUUUGAGAGACUGAAGCAGUUCUUGGAAACACGGUUUCGCACAUUAGAGAUGGUAGAACCUGCAAAUAGAAGUUACAAACAACCACCGAGUGUUAAACCGAAGGCAUUUCACACAACGGCUAGCAACGACGAUCUGCAAUGUACCUUCUGCAAAGAAAAGCACUACAUACAUCAUUGUAAGCAGUUUAGCGAGCUACCUAUUGAAGAGAGGUACAGCUACGUUCAAGACAACAACUUGUGCUUUAAUUGUCUCGUACCUAAUCACACUGUGUUUAAAUGCAAACAACGCACGACAUGUCAAAUCUGCAACAGAAAACACCACUCCUUAUUACAUAGAGAGAAGAAGACAGUAAGUGAAGACAAACAGGUUACAACUGCAACGAAAGAGGAUCCGCCUGCGCACACAAACGAAGAAAAGUUUGUCACCAAGGUCACAGCGCAUGUGGCAAGCGGAGAACAGCCUGGUGAGAAUAUAUGGUUGCCAACAGCACUGGUAGACGUCACAUCGAGUUCAGGUCAGUCACACGUCUUCCGUGCUCUCAUUGAUCCAGGUUCAGAGGUGUCACUAGUAACAUCAAAGGUCGUCGAUUUAUUAGGUUUAAAGAAAAACGAUAUCAGCGGCGUCAUGUUUGGUGUUGGUGAAGGUAAUCGCACAUCUCUUAAGCACUUAGUAGAUUUACAGAUUACGUCUAGAUAUGAUACAAAUUUCUCCUUUAAUGUUAUACUUGGCCUCAGCUUAAGGAUAUACAACUGGCUGACCCCACCUUCAACGUACCAGGUAGGAUAGAUAUUUUACUUAGUGCGAAAAUCUAUGCGAAGAUAGUAGAUA